GAAGUGCCUCUUCCAGCUGCUGCCCCUCACUGCCCGACAUUUACAACAACAGGACGGAGGAGCUGAGCAGCAGCGGGUCGACGGGACCAAAGUGAAACCGGCUCAGCAGCAGAUUGAACCCGCAUCUGAGAAAUCCAGGAGCUGUGGCCACAGAAACUUUGAUUAAAUUUAAUAACCAGCGCAGAUCUGCAUAUGGAGCAGAGGUUGUAGAGGGGGAUCUCCGCCCCUCAGGUGAGUCCUGAGACGUGCCACAAAGCUCCCCGGAGCUCAGGUUCUUCAGAGCCCCACCCUGCUAGUAAUAUGAGCCAUGGACUCUGGGGCAGUUGAUAGUCCUGUGACCCUGGUCCUGAAGGCCCCCAACCAGAAGUGUGGCGACCAGACCAUUAACUGCUUCCUCAACUGGACCGUGGAGAGGCUGAAGAGUCACAUCUCCAACGUGUACCCCAGCAGGCCGCCGUCCAAGGACCAGCGGCUGGUGUACUCAGGAAGACUCCUCCAUGACCACCUGCAGCUCAAAGAUGUGCUCAGAAAGCAGGAGGGACACCACAUGAUGCACCUAGUGUGCGCCUCCUACAGUCCCCCAAGCUCGCCCAUGCCUCGCAGCCCCCCCACGGCCAGCUCUCCUGCUCCUGCUCCUGACUCCAGCAAUUUAGGAAGUGCUGGCUCCGCCUCUGCCGCCACCACGCCCAAUCAGGACAGUCAGCCAGCCCCCUCCUCCUCAUCCCCCCCUCCCCCUGGAAGUGAUGACGGACUGAGGUAUCGCGGCGGCUUCCCCCAGUUCAACCCUCAGGGCCCCCCCGGUGUCCCUCAGUGGCCUGAUGGAGCUCAGGUCCCUUUUCAAGGAGGCUUCCCUGCCAACAUGCCCCCCCACCCAAUGUACAUGCCCAUGCAGAUGCUGUGGUGGCAGCAGAUGUACGCCCGGCAGUACUACAUGCAGUACCAAGCUGCAGUCGCUGCCUCUCAGCCUCCCAGCGACCCCCCUCCCCCCUCCCCCUCGUCCGUGCCCCAUCCGGUCGCUCAGCCCAACGAGGCCGUGCAGCCGCCGCUGGGACCUAACCCCGCCCCCAACCCUCUACCGGAGAACCAGCCCGCCAACCCCAACAUCCAGAUGAACGCGCAGGGCGGCGCGGUGCUAAACGAUGACGAGCUGAACCGCGAUUGGCUGGACUGGUUGUACACCGUGUCUCGCGCUGGCGUUCUGCUCAGCAUCGUUUACUUCUACUCUUCCUUUAGCCGCUUCGUCAUGGUGAUCGGCGCCAUGCUUCUGGUCUACCUGCACCAGGCCGGUUGGUUUCCCUUCAGGCCGGAUCAGCAGAACCUCGGAGGAGGAGACAGGGCGGAGGCUCCUCAGCAGGAAGCAGAGAGAAAUCCGGACAUUCGAGAAAUGGAACGUCUGAUGGACGAGGGGGUGGAGGACGAUGACAGCGGGGAGGAAGGAGGCGGCGGCCCUGAGGACCAGGCCGCUGCCGUUGGUGAAGCUGCUGCUCCUGCUCUCCCCGAGCCAGGCUUCCUCACCACCAUGUGGUCCUUCAUCAGCACCUUCUUCACCUCGCUCAUCCCAGAGGGACGGCCCCAACCGGCCAACUAGGUAGACCCCCUCUUCCUCCUGCCAGCAGGUGUCGCUCUACAGCAGUUCCCACCUUCCCCUCUAUGGUCCUCAAUGUCCCGUUUCCUCAAAAACACCUAGUGGUUGAAAGCGGUUACACACCCUUCUGUCCCCGGACACCUGACACGACUCCAGCUGCUCGACUACAAACCUUCUACCUGCUGCCGACACACGGACGGAUACUUUAAAACCACGACUCUGAAGAGCGGAUGCUGUGUGAGCUCUGCAGGAGUUCAGUGGAACACGUGAACGUUUAAAUAAAAAGAAAUAUCAAGCUGUGUUUUUCGGACUAAAUGCUUCAGUUUUUCUUUUCUGUCUUUGAUCAUGAGUUGAUUGCGACGUGAUGAUGGAGAGAGACGCUGGAGGGAGAUGUCUUCCAUUUUAAACCGUGAGGAGAUGUUUGUCUUUAAUAAAUCGUGAAACCACAUCUGUUAAAGACAUUUUCAUGUAUGCACCCGAUGUGCUUCUAGACAUUGCAGCUACUGAAGCACAUUGUUUUCCCACUUAAUAUAUUUACACAUGUAAGUAUAUGCAUCUUUAAGUCCUCAAUAUAUGCUUUUUGAAUAAAAAAUCUUGCUGCAGUUUAAA